AUGCUGGACAAGACAUUUGACGCCUCGCGCGUCGAGCCGCGCAUUGCCGAAACGUGGGACGCGGCCAACGCCUUUGCCGCCGGUGCCGGUGCGCGCGAUGGCGCCGAUCCCUAUUGCAUCGUCAUUCCGCCGCCGAACGUCACCGGCUCGCUGCACAUGGGCCAUGCGCUCAACAACACGCUGCAGGACGUCCUGAUCCGUCACCAACGCAUGCUGGGCAACAAUGUGCUGUGGCAGCCGGGCAUGGACCAUGCCGGCAUCGCCACGCAAAUGGUCGUCGAGCGCCAGCUUGCCGAGAGCGGCGAGAACAUGACGCGGCGCGAGAUGGGCCGCGAGAAGUUUGUCGAACGCGUCUGGCAGUGGAAGGACGAAUCCGGCGGGCAGAUCUUCAACCAGCUCAAACGGCUUGGCGCUUCCUGCGACUGGUCGCGCGAGCGUUUCACCAUGGAUGACGGCUUGUCGGAGGCGGUGCUCGAAGUCUUCGUGCGCCUCUACAAGGAAGGGCUGAUCUAUCGCGGCAAGCGGCUGGUCAACUGGGACCCGAAAUUCGAGACCGCGAUCUCCGACCUCGAAGUCGAGAACAUCGAGGUCGACGGCCAUAUGUGGCACUUCAAAUAUCCGCUCGCGGAUGGCGCGACCUAUGAAUAUGUCGAAAAGGACGCGGACGGCAACGAGACGCUUCGCGAGACGCGCGACUAUAUCUCCAUCGCCACGACCCGCCCCGAGACGAUGCUGGGCGACGGCGCCGUCGCGGUGCAUCCGUCCGACGAGCGCUAUGCGCCGAUCGUCGGCAAACUGUGCGAGAUCCCGGUCGGCCCGAAAGAACAUCGCCGCCUGAUCCCGAUCAUCACCGACGACUAUCCCGACCCCGACUUCGGUUCCGGUGCGGUGAAGAUCACCGGCGCCCACGAUUUCAACGACUAUGACGUGGCAAAGCGCGGCUCCAUCCCGAUGUACCGGCUGAUGGACACGAAAGCCGCCAUGCGCGACGACGGCGCGCCCUAUGCCGAGGCGGCGGCCAUUGCCCAGGCCGUGGCGCGCGGCGAGCGCACGCUCGACGAGGCGGAAGCGGACGCGAUCAACCUGGUGCCCGACGAUCUGCGCGGGCUCGACCGGUUCGAGGCGCGUCAGCGCGUGAUCGACCAGAUCACCGGCGAGGGCCUCGCCGUGAUGACCACCGACGAGGAGGGCAAUGCGAUCCCCUUCGUCGAGGCCAAGCGCAUCAUGCAGCCCUUCGGAGACCGCUCCCACGUGGUCAUCGAGCCGAUGCUGACCGACCAGUGGUUCGCCGACGCCAAGACGCUGGCCGAGCCUGCCAUCGCCUCGGUGCGCGAGGGGCGGACCGAGUUCGUCCCCCGCAACUGGGAGAAGACCUAUUUCGACUGGAUGGAGAACAUCCAGCCCUGGUGCGUGUCGCGCCAGCUCUGGUGGGGGCACCGCAUUCCGGCCUGGUACGGGCCGGACGGAACCGUCUUCGUCGAACGCUCGCAGGACGAGGCAGAAGCCGAGGCGCGCGCCCAUUACGGCGACGAUGUCGAUCUGAGGCGCGAUCCCGACGUUCUCGACACCUGGUUCUCCUCGGCGCUGUGGCCGUUCUCGACGCUUGGCUGGCCGGACAAGACCGAGGCGCUCGACACCUGGUAUCCGACCUCGGUGCUGGUCACCGGCUUCGACAUCAUCUUCUUCUGGGUCGCCCGGAUGAUGAUGAUGGGCCUGCACUUCAUGAAGGAUGAUGAGGGCAGGGGGAUCGAACCCUUCCACACCGUCUACGUGCAUGCGCUGGUGCGCGACAAGCACGGCGCCAAGAUGUCGAAGUCCAAAGGCAACGUCAUCGAUCCGCUGGAGCUGAUCGACGACUAUGGCGCGGACGCGCUGCGCUUCACGCUGGCCAUCAUGGCCGCCCAGGGGCGCGACGUGAAGCUCGAUCCGGCGCGCAUUGCCGGCUACCGCAAUUUCGGCACGAAACUCUGGAACGCCACGCGCUUUGCGCAGAUGAACGGCGUCGCCCACGAUGCCGGCUUCCGGCCUGCCGACACCAAGCUGACCAUCAACCGCUGGAUCCUGACCGAGCUUGGCCGGACCAUAGGCGAAGUCUCCGACGGGAUCGCGACCUACCGCUUCAACGAAGCCGCCGGCGCGCUCUACAAGUUCGUCUGGAACACGUUCUGCGACUGGUAUCUCGAAUUGCUCAAGCCGGUCUUUACCGGAGAGGACGAGGACGCCAAGGCCGAGGCGCGCGCCUGCGCCGCGUUUGCGCUCGACGAGAUCUACAAGCUGCUGCACCCGUUCAUGCCGUUCAUGACCGAGGAGUUGUGGGCGCUGACCGGCACGCGCGACGGGCUCCUGUGCCACGCCGCCUGGCCGGAGCCGGCGCUUGAAGACGCGGGCGCCGCCGACGAGAUCAACUGGCUGGUUGACCUGGUCUCGGGCAUCCGCUCGGUGCGUGCCGAGAUGAACGUGCCGCCAUCGGCCAAGGCACCGCUUGCCGUCGUCGGCGCAAACCAGACCACGUGCGCAAGGCUGCUCCGCCACGAUCCGGCGAUCAAGCAGCUUGCCAGGGCCGAGGACAUUGUCAUCGAGAGCGAAGCCCCCAAGGGCGCCGCCCAGAUCGUCGUGCGCGAGGCCACCGUCUGCCUGCCGCUCGGCGGGCUGAUCGACAUCGAGGCCGAGAAGGCGCGGCUGCAAAAGGCGAUCGCCAAGGCGCGCGACGAGAUCGCGCGUCUGGACAAGAAGCUGGCGAACGAAAAGUUCGUCGCCAACGCCAAGCCCGAAGUGGUCGAGGCCGAGCGCGACAAACUCGCCGAAGCGAAGCCGGCGCUUGAAAAGCUCGAGGCGGCGCUGGCGCGAAUCACCGACAUCUGA